UAUGCCUAACAAACCGCAUCCUCCGCGUAGCGGAGCAUCAAAGAAAUCAGUCCCGCCCGAGGAGGACACUAGUUUCAUUGUGUUCGGAGAUGGCAAACCCAAGAAAAAAAAAGGAGGCAACUCAUCCACCCCGGCGGAAAGCAGUAAAUCGAGCGCAGCGACCAAGCAAUCUAGCCAAGCGGAUGCCAAAGGGAAAGGCAAGGCUCCAGCAGCUCCAGCCGAAGAGGCGCCCAAGAAGCCUGAUACUCGUACCUUGAUUGCUGGCGCUUCGUGGACUGGGAAACUGCCCGUGAAUAUCUUGAACGAGUAUUUCCAGAAAGAAAAAUGGAACAAACCGGAUUAUCGCAUGCAUCGCGAUGGCGACAAAUACAUUGCCCACGUCGUCAUGUCUAAAACGAAUCCGAAAACCCGGGAAACGACUACACUUCCGCCUCUCAGCAUACCCCCGGAUCUUGUUCAAAAGGCUCGCCAGCCAUCCGCCGUAGAGGCGCGCAAUUUCGCCGCUGCCUAUACAUUGUUUCGUGUCGCUAGUGCGAAGAACAUGCAAAUGAUGCUGCCUCCUACAUACAAAGAUCUGUGGAAGGUUGAUUUUGCAGAUCUCAAGAAACAAGACGUGUCAUCGGGUAAAGCUUGGAUGUAUGAGGCCGAUCCGUUCUUCGGCUUCCUAGAGCGGGAGAAGGCGAGGGAACUAGCGACUAAACAGCGCGCGAAGAAAGACAAGGAGAGACAAGACGCUGAAAAGGCGCAAAACGCUAUACCUGGAGUGGCAAUGGCCAAGUCAAAUGGUGGCGGGCAAUCGCGGAAUCUCCUAAAGGGAUGGGAGCGCGUCCCGAAGGUGGAGCUGGGAAAACGCACAAGAAAGAGAAUGGAGCGGGCUAUCCGACGAGAAACUAUCUGGAAUCCGCACGGAAUUGUCAUGGAUGCUCAAACUCGCGCAAGAGUCGUAAGCGAGGUUGUAGAGAUGGGGUUCCGGGAAGCACACGUUGAAGAAGCGGCAGAUAUAUGCAAAGACCGCGAGGAAAUUAUCGAGUGGCUACUGAUUCACGUUCCCGAGGAUGAUUUACCACCAUGGAGUCUUCCCGAAAACUAUGUCGCCGGUAUCAGUGUAGCGAACACGGACCUCAAACGCGACGCGGCGAUCAAACGUCUAGCAGCCGCUGGUUAUGCUACUGAACUCUGCGAGGAAGCAUAUGAUCUUGAAGGUGGAAACGAGCGAAAGGCAGCAUCACUAUUGCAAUCUCGGCUCAUGAAACCUGGCGAGAACGAGGAUGAUUUGGCUAAAGAUAUUGAGAGAAUGGCUUUGGUCGAUGUCACAGAAAACGCAGAAGUUGAUUAUGACCAGUGGGAGGAAGAAAUGUCUUCCUUGGAGGCCAUAUAUGACAAACUUUUCUCUCGACCUUCCCCAACGUCGUGUCGUAUUGAGCUCGAUGCAAAGCAGCGCGGUAAACGUCUUGUACUUCGAGUACAUAGACCGAUUGGUCCAUAUCCAGAAGUCCCACCUAUCAUUUCCUUCGAGGCAGAUAUCCCUGCAUACAUCCGACUCAGUAUCAUCAAAAAAGCACUACUGCAUGCGGAAGAAAACUGUCUCGGUAUGCCGAUGGUAUUCUAUAUCGCUGACUGGCUCCAAGAAAACGCCGGCGAGAUAUUCAAGAACCCAGGGCGCCUCACUGAAAUAUCAUCUGGUCUUUCUGGAGCUCCUCCAGCGGCUAUCGAACAAUCUACGAGAAACAAGAAAUCGAGAGCCCGACCGCCGAUCGUCUGGACUGCUAACUCUCCAAAGAGUCAGCAGCUUUUGCGUGCCUGGCAAGCCAAGCAACAGACGCCAGCACAACAAAAGAUGAUGGCCGCUCGACAAUCACUACCAGCAUGGCGCUUGCGUGACGAAAUCGUUCGUAUCGUUAAUGACAGUCAAGUAACCAUCAUUUCUGGAGAGACAGGCUCCGGAAAAUCUACCCAAUCUGUCCAGUUUGUCCUCGACGAUCUCAUUCAACGCGGACUUGGUAGUGUUGCCAACAUCAUUUGCACCCAGCCUCGUAGGAUCUCUGCGCUUGGACUUGCUGACCGCGUUUCGGACGAGCGGUGCUCGCAAGUUGGUGAAGAAAUCGGUUAUACAAUUCGCGGCGAAUCCAAACAACAACCCGGCACGACCAAAAUCACCUUUGUCACUACUGGUGUUCUCUUGAGGCGGCUUCAAACGUCAGGGGGUAGCUCAGACGACGUCGUUGCUGCACUGGCCGACGUGAGCCAUGUUGUCGUCGAUGAGGUUCACGAGCGCAGUCUCGAUACCGAUUUUCUGUUAGUGCUACUGAGAGACAUUCUGAGGCGUCGCAAAGACCUCAAAGUUAUUCUGAUGAGUGCUACUCUUGACGCUGAAGUCUUUGAGCGUUAUUUUGCCGAUGUUGGCCCCGUUGGUCGGGUCGAGAUUGAGGGCAGGACCCACCCUGUCACUGACUUUUACAUUGACGAUGUUGUCCAUGCGACUGGAUUCACCGGUAGGCACGGUGACUUCGAUGACGAAGCAACAGAGAAGACCCUCUCUUCAAACCUUCGUAGUAUCGGGUUUGGGAUCAAUUAUGAUCUCAUCGCCGAGACGGUACGAUGUAUCGACCAUCAGCUGGGAUCGAAGGACGGCGGCAUACUGAUCUUUCUCCCGGGUACAAUGGAAAUCGACCGAACCCUGCAAGCUAUCAGCCAAUCGCCCCAGUUUCAUGCCCUUCCGCUCCACGCUUCACUUAUCCCCGUAGAACAGAAACGAGUAUUCCCACCUGCACCACCUGGGAAGCGCAAAGUCAUUGCAGCUACAAAUGUCGCCGAGACUUCAAUCACCAUAGAAGAUAUUGUCGCAGUCAUCGACACAGGGCGAGUCAAAGAGACUAGUUAUGAUCCUCAGAAUAAUAUGGUGCGACUAGCGGAAACAUGGGCCUCGCGCGCUGCUUGCAAACAGCGCCGUGGUCGCGCUGGACGUGUCCGCGCUGGAGAGUGCUACAAAUUGUACACUCGGAAUGCAGAGGCAAAAAUGAACGAACGCCCGGAUCCAGAAAUACGCAGAGUGCCUUUGGAACAGCUCUGUCUGUCAAUCAAAGCUAUGGGCGUGCAAGAUGUCCCAGGUUUCCUUGCUUCAGCCCUCACGCCGCCUGAGAGUACAACCGUUGAAGGUGCUAUCCAGUUAUUGGGACAAAUGGGCGCCAUUGCGGACAAUGAGCUUACAGCACUCGGUCGCCACAUGUCUAUGAUACCGGCUGAUUUACGAUGCAGCAAGUUGUUGGUCUAUGGUGCGACGUUUGGGUGUCUUGAAGCUGCACUUACCAUCGCCUCCGUUCUGACUGCACGUAGUCCUUUCUUGUCUCCAAGGGAACGCGAUCAAGAAACCAGAGCCGAAUUCGAUCGCAUACGAUCUUCGUUCUCUUUGAACAAUGGCGAUUUACUUGUUGAUCUCCGCGCUUUUGAAGCUUGGUCCGCUCUGCGUGCGAAGGGAGCUACUUCAAGGGAUCUUCGGCAGUGGUGCGGCGAGAACCGGUUGUCUACUCAAACCCUCUUCGACAUUGCUUCAAACCGCUCCCAGUACCUCUCUUCACUCAAGGAGAUCUCGUUCAUCCCAACAUCCUACUCUUCCACCAACCCCCAGACGCAAGGCGCAUACAACCAGCAAAACAACAACAGCGCACUCAUCCGCGCCCUCGUGGCUGGUUCAUUCAACCCGCAAAUCGCACGCAUCCAGCUGCCAGACAAGAAAUUCGCUGCCGGAAUAGCAGGAGCCGUCGAGCUCGAUCCCGAAGCCCGCGAGAUCAAAUACUUCAACCAAACGAAUGGUCGCAUCUUCGUGCACCCAUCUUCCAUUCUCUUCUCAUCGCAGACUUUCUCUUCAAACGCGUCCUUCCUCGCUUACUUCAACAAGAUGGCAACGUCCAAGAUCUUUAUACGUGAUCUCACACCGUUCAACGCCUUCUCGUUGCUCAUGUUUGCGGGUGACAUCAGGGUCGACACGCUGGGCAGGGGACUUGUCGUGGAUGAGUGGAUUCGGUUGAGGGGCUGGGCGAGGAUUGGUGUAUUGGUGAGUCGCCUUCGUGGUAUGUUGGAUAGAAUCCUGGAUCAGAAAGUCAAAGAGCCUGGCCGCGAAUUGGCGGAUAGGGAGAGAGAAGUUGUGGAUGUUGUGAGAACUUUGGUGGAGAAGGAUGGCUUGGACAACUAG